AUGACAAUUAGCCCACCAGAACGCGAGGUAAAGGCAGUUAAGAUUGUAGUUGAUCGUGACCCAGUACCAACUUCGUUCGAGAAAUGGGGUAAACCCGGACACUUCUCACGAACACUUGCAAAAGGUCCUGCAACAACAACAUGGGUAUGGGAUCUCCAUGCUGAUGCACACGAUUUUGAUAGCCACACAACAGACCUUGAAGAUAUUUCGCGUAAGGUUUUCAGUGCACACUUUGGUCAACUUGGUGUGAUCUUUAUCUGGCUUAGUGGAAUGUACUUCCACGGAGCACGUUUUUCAAACUAUGAAGCAUGGUUAAGCGAUCCAACGCACAUUAAACCAAGUGCGCAGGUUGUUUGGCCAAUCGUAGGACAAGAAAUUCUUAACGGUGACGUAGGUGGUGGAUUCCAAGGAGUACAAAUUACUUCUGGAUUCUUCCAGCUUUGGCGCGGAAGUGGAAUUACAAGCGAACUUCAACUUUAUAGUACAGCAAUUGGUGCUCUUAUUUGUGCAGGACUUAUGUUCUUUGCAGGUUGGUGGCACUACCACAAGGCUGCACCAAAACUUGAAUGGUUCCAAAACGUUGAAUCAAUGAUGAACCACCACCUUGCAGGACUUCUUGGUCUUGGAAGUCUUUCAUGGGCUGGACACCAGAUUCACAUUGCUUUACCAGUGAACACACUUCUUGAUGCAGGAGUAGAUCCAAAAGAGAUCCCACUUCCACAUGAGUUUAUGCUUAACCGUGAUCUCAUGGCUGAGCUUUACCCAAGUUUCUCACAAGGUCUUGCACCAUUCUGGACAUUUAACUGGACAGAGUACUCAGAUUUCCUUACAUUCCGUGGUGGACUUAACCCAGUAACAGGUGGUCUUUGGCUUUCAGAUACAGCACACCACCACCUUGCAAUUGGUGUACUUUUCAUUAUUGCUGGACACAUGUACCGCACAAACUGGGGUAUUGGACACAGCAUGAAAGAAAUUCUUGAAGCACACAAAGGACCAUUUACUGGUGAAGGACACAAGGGUCUCUAUGAGAUUCUUACAACAUCGUGGCACGCACAACUUGCAAUUAACCUUGCACUUUUUGGAUCACUUUCAAUUAUUGUAGCGCACCACAUGUAUGCAAUGCCACCAUACCCGUAUCUCGCAACAGAUUACGGAACACAGCUUUCACUCUUUACACACCACAUGUGGAUUGGUGGAUUCUGUAUUUGUGGAGCGGCAGCACACGCAGCUAUUUUUAUGGUUCGUGAUUACGAUCCUACAAAUAACUACAACAACCUUCUUGACCGUGUACUUCGUCACCGUGAUGCCAUGAUUUCACACCUUAACUGGGUAUGUAUUUUCCUUGGUUUCCACAGUUUCGGACUUUACAUCCACAACGAUACUAUGAGUGCUCUUGGUCGUCCGCAGGAUAUGUUCUCUGAUACAGCAAUCCAGCUUCAACCAAUUUUUGCACAAUGGGUACAAAACACACACGCUCUUGCACCUGAGCUUACUGCACCAACUGCUGGUGCAAGUACAAGUGCGAGUUGGGGUGGUGAUAUCGUGGCUGUUGGUGGAAAGAUUGCUAUGAUGCCAAUUUCACUUGGUACUUCAGAUUUCAUGGUACACCACAUUCACGCAUUCACAAUCCACGUAACAGUACUUAUCCUUCUUAAGGGUGUGCUUUUUGCACGUAGUUCACGUCUUAUCCCAGAUAAGGCAAACCUUGGAUUCCGAUUCCCUUGUGAUGGACCAGGACGUGGAGGAACAUGUCAGGUUUCAGCUUGGGACCACGUAUUCCUUGGACUUUUCUGGAUGUACAACAGUAUUUCUAUUGUAAUUUUCCACUUUAGCUGGAAGAUGCAAUCAGACGUUUGGGGAAGUGUAACUGAUAAUGGUGUUUCACACAUUACUGGUGGUAACUUCGCACAAAGUGCAAAUACUAUCAACGGAUGGCUUCGUGACUUCCUUUGGGCACAAUCUUCACAGGUUAUUCAAUCAUACGGAUCAGCACUCUCUGCAUAUGGACUCAUCUUCUUAGGAGCCCACUUUAUCUGGGCAUUUAGCCUUAUGUUCUUAUUCUCAGGACGUGGAUACUGGCAGGAGCUUAUUGAAUCAAUCGUAUGGGCGCACAACAAACUUAAAGUUGCGCCUGCUAUUCAACCACGCGCUUUAAGUAUUACUCAAGGACGUGCCGUUGGUGUUGCUCACUACCUUUUAGGUGGAAUUGCAACAACAUGGUCAUUCUUCUUAGCGCGUAUUAUUGCAGUCGGAUAA